GUGCCGGAAGUGUUGUGUUGACAUGUGUCUCGCCAGCAACCUCUAAUUUCUGCUUCAUGUCAACAUAGAAACUUUUAUUUGAUAUUUUCCCCAAAACGGCUGCUGGGAAAUGUUUGAGCAGGAAUCCACGUGAGAGGUUUCGCUUUGUUUUGGCGUGACUAUUAUGAAUCUGCUGAGCUCAGCAAAAGUCAAAAGUCUGCUGUCGGCUGCUCUUCCGCUGCUCGCCCGGCGUGAGUGUCCUCGCCAUCGCGCCGUCUUUCAGCUGUGUCGCUCCUUGGCCGCCACGAGUGUUGUUGUGGACAAGAUGGACAAGGCAGCCAAGCACGGCAAGCCGCUCCGGAGGCUGAAGGCCAAGGAGAGCCGCAGCAGGCGGGGAGACCUUCACGGACCUUCCACCGUGUACGUGCAGGUGGUAGGUGCAGGAAGCAGGGACAACGCCGCGUCGCUUUACGUCUUCUCGGAGUACAACAGGUAUUUGUUCAACUGUGGUGAAGGAACACAGAGACUCAUGCAUGAACACAAACUGAGAGUGUCUCAACUGGACAACAUCUUCCUGACCAGGAUGAGCUGGGAGAACGUCGGCGGUCUGUCUGGGAUGAUCCUGACCUUGAAGGACACGUGCGUCCCUGACUGCGUCCUCUCCGGACCUCCUCAGCUGGAGAGCUACGUGAAGGCCAUUAAGACCUUCUCUGGACCGCUGGACAGCAUCAAACUUUCAGUUCGUCCGUACACUGAUGAGACGUACACAGAUGACACCAUGAGCGUCUAUCAAGUUCCUAUAUUUGCAGCGUCGCCUGAAGGUAGCCGUCCACCAGGGAAGAGCCGCCCGCCAAGUCCCGCCUCUCCCGGCAGGAAAGAGCAAGCAGGAGACCAACCACAAGCAACAAGAGAUGCGUCUUUGGUGGUGGCCUUUAUCUGCAAACUUCAUCCCAAGAAAGGAAACUUCUUAGUGGCAGAGGCAAAGGAACUUGGACUUCCUGUCGGCACAGCGGCGAUCGGGCCGCUCAUCACUGCCCUGAAGAGCGGGAAGAGCAUCACAUAUGGCGACAAAGAGAUCCGCCCAGAGCAGGUGUGCACGCCCACUGACCCUGGACCAGUCUUUGUGGUGAUGGAGUGCCCAUCAGAGGACUUCGUCCAGCCUCUUUGGGACAGUCAGCACAUGACGAGGUAUCAAAGCGGGGGCACGGAGGACCCUCCCGCCCUUGUGGUCCACAUGACUCCGGAGUCGGUGCUGAAGACGGAUCAAUACCAGAAGUGGAUGGAGAGGUUCCCGCCCACGACGGAACACCUCAUCCUCAACGAGCACGCCAGCUCCGCCCACAACAUCCGCAGCCACAAGAUCCAAGCCCAGCUCAACAUGAUCCACCCAAAGAUCUUUCCAGACCUCCAGUCUUGGCGAGCUAAGGAGUCUCAGGCUGCUCUUCGGCCAUCCAACAUGCGAGCUGAGUGUCUUCUCAGGUUCCAGCUGCGACCUGUCGUGGAGUGGCAGAGAGACGCCGUCCCCACCUGCAACAGUGAGGACUUUGUCAAAGAAGCCUUUGAUGUCCCCAACUUCCUGCAGGAAGUGGAGAAAAUACGCUCCAGCGGCGCUGCAGAACCUUCUGGACAACCGGACUAUCCUGAGCUGGUUUUCCUGGGAACAGGAUCCGCUCUGCCAAUGAAGAUGAGAAACGUCAGCGCCACGUUGGUCAACAUCAGCCCAAGUCAGUCACUCCUCUUGGACUGCGGCGAGGGAACCUUCGGUCAGCUCUGCAGACACUACGGCAACGGCGUGGACGAGGUGCUGUCAAAGAUCUCCACCAUCUUCGUGUCGCACCUGCACGCCGACCAUCACACGGGCCUCCUCAAGUUGCUGUACCAAAGAGAACGAGCGCUGGUGACUUUAGGGAAGGCGUGGAGUCGUGUCUCCCUGCUGGCGCCCGCAGACAUGAUGAGCUGGCUGAGGCAGUACCACCACGGCUGUGAGGAGAUCCUCCACCACGUCAGCUUCAUCUCAAACGACGUGCUGCGCUUGAAAGCCAAAGCGCCAACGCCAAGGACGCAGGCGUCCAUCCAAGCGAUGCUGAAGAACAACAACUUGGACAAGUUCCAGACAUGCACAGUGCGUCACUGUAAGAACGCCUUUGCCUGCAGCUUCACUCACCAGACAGGAUGGAAGCUGGUCUUCUCUGGAGACACCAUGCCCUGUGAGGCCUUGGUGCACAUGGGGAAGAACGCCACCUUGCUGAUCCACGAGGCCACGCUGGAGGACGGCCUGGAGGAGGAAGCUGUGGAAAAACGCCACAGCACGACGUCUCAGGCGAUUGACGUCGGCAUGAGGAUGGAGGCGGACUUCAUCAUGUUGAACCACUUCAGCCAGCGCUAUGCCAAGAUCCCGCUCUUCAGCGAGGACUUCACCGAACGCGUGGGAAUCUCCUUCGACCACAUGCGGGUUCGUCUUGGAGACUUGAAAGUCCUUCCCGGGCUCAUCCCAGCACUGAAGACUCUCUUUGCCGAGGAGCUUGAGGAGAUGGAGGAGAGACGAGAACGAAGAGAGCUGAAACACCAGCGAGCCAUUGACUCUGACGUGAUGGUCAAGCUGGAGGAGGUCCAAACGGGCCGAGGGGCCAAGCGGGACCAGGAGGACGUGCUGACCUUGGAAAGCAAAAGACUGAAAAGCCACUGAUGUGUUUCAUCUGCUUUGACUGACUUAUUUUCAGUUAUUUCAUACAAAAUGAACAUUUAGAUUUGUCAGUUUAUUUUAUUGCAGUAUUUUUUUCCCUUUAAAUAAAUUAAAGCGGCGCCAUGGCGUCUGCACUUAAGUUUUGUCUUGUUCAUUGGUAAAUAUAAGCAAGGCUGACAGCAUUGCCGCCAGCUGUUUUGGUUUUGUGUGUCUUUGUGCUUGUCACACAAUGGAAAUCACACCUCAAGAAUGAAGAACAAAGUGCACUGGGAGCUUAGUCAUUAAUCAUUUCAAGACUUGGAAAGCAAAAAACUAUCAGCAUGUAAAUAAAAUGAAUGAAACACUAACACUGGCUGUGU